AUGGCUUGGUCAAAGUCAACGCGCAUUCUGGUCAUGCUAUUGAUCGAUGCCGUCUUUUUUAUCGUCGAAUUAGGCGUUGGUUUAUGGGUUGGAUCAUUGGCAUUAAUGGCAGAUGCUUUUCACAUGUUGAACGAUAUCAUAUCUCUCGCUGUUGGUCUUUGGGCUGUUAAAGCUGCUCGAAGAAACAUUACUGAUAAAUAUUCUUUUGGCUUUUUGAGAGCCGAAAUCCUUGGAGCCUUUUUCAAUGCAGUCUUUCUUAUCGCCCUAUGCGUAUCAAUUGUUCUCGAAGCUGUCGGACGUUUUUUUGAUCCACCUGAAAUCGGGGAACCAAAACUUAUACUUAUUGUUGGGUCGUUGGGAUUGGCAUCGAACCUUGCUGGAUUUUUCGUAUUAGGUGGGCAUGGUCAUUCUCAUGGUCCAGGAGAUGGGCAUUCCCAUGGAGAUGAGGUCAGCGCUGCGGAAGAAGGACAUGCGCAUAGUCAUGCUCAUGAACACGGAUACGAACCAUAUAGAGAUGAGAUUAGCGACGAAAAUGGAAUCGCAGGAGAGGUAUUCCCCGAAGCCGUCAUCGCAAAAGCCACCGCCAAACGUCAAGUACAAUUUACAGAGCCGGAUGAAGAUGCUUCGACAGCCCGUGAUAGUAGCAGUAUCAUGACUAGAUCGCCCAGCAGAAGUUCGAGACAACACACUCAUCGAAGACGAACGAGCAAAUCCCAAUUUUCUAGCUUGGAUAAUAUAAGCAUUCACCCGGCAAGCUUUCGACAAGAUAUUAUUGCUGCAAGCAAGACACAAUUGGAUGGAAUUGAUAGCGAGGAUUCCAGUGAACCGGAUGAUGAUGUUCAUGUUAAAUCUGGACCUGCACUGACUGAAAACAGUCCUCUUAUUUCACAUGCUCACGAUGAUCACUCAGAUGCUCACGCUCAUAGCCAUGAUCAUGGGGAUGGAGGCCAUCGUCAUGAACAUCACACAAGUCGUCAAUCUAAGCAUGCGGCCCAUAAUCACAACAACAAAUCAAAGAAGAAGUCCGGUGGUCAUGGUCACAAUCAUGAUGACAUGGGAAUGAACGCUAUGAUUCUUCAUGUUAUUGGUGAUGCUCUUGGAAAUGUUGGAGUCAUCGUCACUGCUUUGAUUAUUUGGUUAACUAAUUGGCCUGGCCGUUUAUACGCCGAUCCUGCCGUAUCACUUUUCAUUACCAUCAUCAUUCUUCGAUCCUGCAUUCCACUAACCAAAGCUACCGCACAAAUCUUGCUUCAAGCUACACCUGAUUCAAUCGACGUCGCCCUCAUCAAAGAGGACAUCGAAAAUUUCGAAGCCGUGAAGGGUUGUCAUCAUGUACAUAUCUGGCAACUCAGCGAUUCUCAACUCGUUGCGUCUAUGCACAUUCAAGUUGCCUUCCCUAUUGGUGAAGAUGGAGGAGAAAAAUAUAUGCAGCUAUCUAAGGAAAUUCGAGAAUGCUUACACGGUCAUGGUAUUCACAGCGCAACUCUUCAACCCGAAUUUUGCCUCGACAAAGAUCAUGAUCAUAUUUUUAAUGGUGAAUCCGUAGGACUAGAUGGACAAGCCCAAAACAAAUGUGGAAUGGAGGAUGAUGAUUCAUGUUUAUUGGAAUGUGUUGAUAAUUGCAAGGGAAAAGGUUGUUGUUCGACGCAGGCGGCAGAGCCGCAACAUGACCACUCGGAUCACGAUGGUCACUCCCAUUAG